GACAGGCUUUCACUGAAAGCAUGCGUAUUUUAAGAUACUCUGCAUUGUCCGUUUGUAAUGGCGAUCAAAACAUUGGACUUGCACACUGCAGUUACUUCUUUGGCUCACAGAUGACGUCUUGCUUGAGGCAGAAAUCAUCAUCUGGAAGCGUUUUGGAGGUUUAGAAAACAACAGCUUUGAUAAUAGUAGGAAGAAGGGAUGAAAUAUCUUUGGACGUUGGUCCAUUUCCCCGCCGGGAGGUUUUGUACGUUGCGUCGUUGUGGUAAGAGAGCUUUUUUUCUUUGUAUAUUUCUCAAAGCGAAUGAAGAUUGAGUUUAUGGCACUAUUUUGAUUAUUUCUGCCGACGACAGGUGUCAUUUACGGUUUGGUUCACGUUUAUUCAAACAUGUAUGCGUCCAUGAUUGCGAUUUUGUAAUCAUGUGGAAUUUUACACCCAUCCGUGGCCAUAAGCUUAAAUCUUACGUUUAUUUCUUAGUUUUUUAUUUGGUUAAUAUGGUUUCCUCCUAAUUAAUUUCCGAAGUGUUUGGGUUUUAUUAUCGCAGUAUUGCUUAAGAGUGCUUGGAAAUGAGGUACUUCAGUGGAUUUUGCAAUCUUUAAAGAGUCAUGAAGAGUCACGUUUGUCGUUUGCUUCGAUUGUAUUUUAAUUUAGUUUGUCUUACAGUGGACAUACAUAUUUAUUAAAUCGAGCAGUUCAGAGACUACGGUGCGACAGAUCUAAGAUUAAUGAAAUAAGUCAAGGAAAUUUGCUUCUGAUGGAAAAGCAUGGCCAGAAUUAGAAUAUUACUGAAUUUGGAUCAUGCAGAGUGUGUAAAUGGCCAAAACUGGGAUAAAUAUGAGCUUAAUAUUACAAAAGGUUAAAUCUUUCGUGAGAUCUGAGUCUACAUCGCCCUAAACAGGCAGACCAUAAGUAAAAUUCGGUAAAACUAAGGCACUAAAUAGGUGGUCUACUUCACCUUGACUAAAACCUUCCUUCCAUAAAGAUCCUAAUACAAACAGACGCUUAUUUGCCUUAAUCAACUUAGCAUGUACGUGUUCGCUAUAAUUAUUUACAAUUCUCCUGAAACAUAACACCUAAAAUGGGCAGCUCCGUGCAUUGCAGAAUGUUAUUUACUUGCACAGUAUCCUGAAUAAAACCUUUCUUGUGAAAAAUAAUUUCUUUACGUUUCGACUGAUCACAAAUCAUACUAUUUUCCUUAGACCAAAUUAAAAACUGAUCCACCAAAUCUGUGCGAAAGUGGCCAUUACUCCAAACAGGAACAAUGAGAGUAGGGUCGUCCGCGUAUUUAAACAGAGCUUGGUGAUUAUCUAUGCUGAUUUCUAGAUACAUUAAAUAGCUAGACUGUUGAAAGAACAAAGACUGCAAAGGAAGGCAGUUUGAUUCAAUAGAAAGGGGAUUGCAUGGUCUCUGGGUUUAGAAAAAUAAAUCAAACGCAGUGCACAUUUUUGCAGAACACGUAUAUUAUUGAGGUAGGUCUGUGGACAGUUGCCCCAUGCCUAGAUACCAUAAUUUAAAUAAGGAGCAAUAAGUGUAUGAUAUAAAUUCAAAAGAAGAUGCUGUGGAAUGUAAUACCUCAUUUUAGCAAUUAUUCCAACCGAUCUACUAAUUUUGUGACAGAUAAAGUCAUUAUGAUGCUUCCAUGAUAGUUCAGAAUCAAUCAUUAUACCCAAAUAUUUAACAAAGUCCUUCAUCUGUAGAAUUACUCGAGUAUUUAAAGUUGGAUUAAAAAACUUAAUUUGAGGAAUGAAUAAUAAUAAUAAUAAUAAUAAUAAUAAUAAUAUAUAGUAUUUAUAGAGCACUAAUUUCCAAUGGUCCAAAAGCGCUUUACAUAAUAAAAAUAACAACAAAAUCCUAAACCUACAAAACUACAUUGUCAUUCUAUAAAAAUUCCCAAUGGUCCAAAAGCGCUUUACAUAGUAAAAAUAACAACAAAAUCCUAAACCUACAAAACUACAAAACUACAUUGUCAUCCUAUAAAAACAUCAUCAUUCUAUACGACAACAACAUAAUGAAAGGUAUUCUUUUUUGGCGCGAACGAAAAAUGACAUAAUUAGACUUUUUGACACUGAGCAUUAGUUUGUUAGCAUCUAGCCAUUGACUUACUUUCUCAAGCUCAUUGUUGACAGUUAGUUCAAAAGUACGCAACUUGUCAUUUGCAUUGGUUAGACUUGAUCAUCUGCAAAUAGAUAAAAAGUAAAUUCCUUGGAAGAUUGAUGGAUGUUAUUAAUAUAUAACAAAAAUAGCAAGGGUCCAAGUAUAGAGCCUUGAGGCUCUCCACAUACGAUCGUUUCAUGAGUCUCAGAUAUGCGUUUGUCUAUUUCAGUUGACUAUCGGCGAUCUGAAAGAUAUGAUCUAAACCAAGAAUUUAUAACUUCUCUUAUUGCAUAGUGUUCAAGUUUUGUCAAAAGAAUCUCAUGGUUAACAUUAUCAAAUGCUUUCUUAAGAUCUAUAAAAAUUCCACGUGAGUACUUUCUAUUGUCCAUAUUAGAAUGUAUGGUGUUCACAAUAUCAAGAAUCACGUGCCGGGUACUAUGUUUAUUGAGAAAGCCAUAUUGCAAAUGGUAAAGAAUAUCAUUCUUGUCUAUAAACUUUAUCAGUUUGCGAUCUCGUCUUCACCCUUGUACACUGGAAUUACUUUUGCAUAUUUAAGUUUUGCAGGGUAAACCCCAGUUAGUACAGACUGGUUAAAAAUUUCGGUUAAUGGUAUGGUUAUGACUGAUUUAACAACAAGGUUUUGUUUGGCAACAAGCUAAUUUCUGUUUCAGGUGAGCUACUCAAAUCCUGAGUGUAUUGGUGUUUAAUACAAACUUGUUUCGUAGGCCUCCAAGAAGGUGACCCACUCGAUCUCGUCAGGUAAACCCCAUUAUUAUUCAUUCAAAAGAUUUCCCCGAUUCUGAUUGGCUAAAAGCUCACGGUUAAUUCACCAUAACCGAUUACUGAUGACCAAAUUUGGAAGAAUUUUGUGUUUAGCGAGGAAAUGACGUCAAAAAUGCAGCGUUCUUGCAGGUUAAUGCACCAUUAAUCGAGAGGACCUGGGGACGAGGUUGAGUUGUUUUGGUUGUGAACUUGAAAAAUGGCGGACAUUUCACUCGUUUCAAGAGUAAGAACUACGCGAAAAAAUAGCUAAAAACAUGGCAAGAUCAGCAAGAAGACAACUCGAGGGCGACAUCUGCUAUUUGCAGAAUAUUUGCGGAGCUGAAUUAACAACCCUAAAAGUGCACUAUCAAAGAUGAACUUAACAUCAAUGAUGGAUCGAUGAAGGUAAGCACGUUUUAGCCAUGUUUUUAAACUAGGAAUUAUUUUGAAUGAAUAAUAAAACAAUUAUUGAAUGCGGCAUUCGUAUCAUAUGAAGAAUUAUGGCGAUCUCGGAGGGUGUUAUCCGCCUUGGCCUAUGGCCUCGAUGGAUAACACCCUCCUCGAUCUCCAUAAUUCUUCAUAAGAUACUCAGCCUCAUUCAUUAAUUGUUAAUUAUAACUCUGAAGCGUUAGGGUCUACAUCAACAAUAUGAUCGCGUGAUGAAAACGGCUACGUGUAACGUUUGAAAUUUAAAUUUUUAAGAAUUUUUAUAAUGAAAAGUGCGUGUGUGCUCUUAAUCGCCUACAACUCUUAUACGAAACCUAAGUCACACUAAAUGCUUGCACUAAAAUCUCAGGCUUUGACAUGUUCAAUUAUACCUCAGGAUGAACUUGCGUUGAUGUCCACACUAUUGUUGAGACAAGUUCGUUGCGCUUGUUCAGUGUUGCCAUGUGAGGUAUAUAUAUAUAUUAUUCGUAUGUGUAUUCAUGUUAUUGUUAUUGUACUUUUUUUGGAGAUGAACUAGAUGUCAGGGUUAACCUCUUCAUCCCCUCCUUUUCCUAAGUUGUGAAUAAUCAGUGCAUGAUAUUGAGUUGUUUUUGACAGACUGUGCAACAAGCUAAUGAUAGAUAGACUUAAGCAUUCUCUCUUUUUUAAUUUGAAGAUGAGUGGUAUCGAUAAACUCUUGCCACGAUGUUGGCAGAUGUUCUGCACAACCAUGGUAAUUUAAUCAACUAGGAGGUGGAAUUUAUGCUUUAACUGUGGUCAGUGACUUAAAUUAAUAAAAUAUUAUGGGUAAACUGUAUGUUUAUUGGUCUCUAGAGGUACAGGAUCUAAGCUGAUCUAAAUUGCAGCCCCUUGACUUUAUCGUGGAAAAUUUCUUUUACUCUUUGGAAUUUUGCCCUUCAGAAGGUUAUUACAAAACAGCUGGGGGACACUUGAUCGCCAUGUGAAUGUGAGUGUAAUUUUAUUGUGGUGAACUGUGCACUUGUACAUUGUAUUGUGUUUGGAAAUCACUUACUGUCACCAUAUUUAACUUUGGACCUGUGUCUUAGUGUCUUCCUCUUGUUCAUAGUACAUGAAUUUUUUAGGCUAUCAUUAUAAAAAAAAUUGUGAUGCAGUUAGAAAGUCGAUUUCUAGAUCUGAUGGGUUAAUCUCUCCUGGGAUCUCUAACAACUUAAAUCAGUUAUUUUGCAGAGGCUUGGAAAUAAGCUCUCUGUAAUUCGACCCUUUUGAAGGGUCUCUCUGAUAUUUUUUACCAGCUGGUUGUUUUUCUUGACUUGUUUUUCACUCAGGCACACUUACCUUUAAUUGAAUUAUAACAGCAGCAGUAUAAAAUGCAGUCUGGCAUCAAAUGUCAUGAGUUGCUUUUUAUGAUAAUUUGGAAACUCAAAUGGCAAGUAAAUGAUCUGAACUGGGAUAUAAUUAGGUUUUUGCACUUUUGAAAUCAAGUGGCACAAUACCAUUUUUUUAUUGGUAGUCAUCUUUUGUCUAUCAAGUUCCAUAUGUUGCAUGUGAAAUGGGAUAUUGUUGUCUGAUGCAGCUAAUCCAGUUAAUAUUUACUUGUUUAUUGUUAACUCAACCCCUUAUGCCCUAUAUUUAUUAGUUAUGCAUUUAGCAAAAUGCUCUAUGUACCUGAACAGUUUGUGUUGUUUUCUCUUAUUGGUAUGUACAUGUUACUUUCAUAGAAUGAUUUUGCACUCUUCAAAAUAGAUAAUGAUUUCAUAAUAUGUUAAGGAGGUUGAUUUGUAUGUCUAGCCUUAGGAAUUCUUGAUUUCAAUGCAAGUGAUUUUAUAUUUAUUGUGCAGCUUGACUUUAAAAACAAUUGGUGAAAUUUGGUUUUCAUUUGAAAUGCUGAAAAGUUUACUUGACAAUUAAUGAUCAUGUAUGUAUAUACAGUGUACAUAAUUAUAUAGAGGAGUUGGUAUUUGAUCAUCCAUCCAGUGUUUUUAGUAAAUUAGUCAUUUCUACAUACAUAUGAGGAAUAAUAAUUAGUUCUUAAAAGGUGACAAAAAGUAUGAGUGUGUGAUGCAUAGCCAGGUAUGUCCAAGCUAGUAACUAGAUGAACUGCUUUUUUUUUUCUGUGAUGUUGUAAAUUAAAAAAUCUGUUUUCCACUAUAUAAAAACAAAUUAUUGUAAGUACAUGUACAUGUAAUAUUAUUACAGAGCUCUUGUCUAAAACGUGAUAAGGUUUUUUUCCCACUGUCAUUAAAUUCAGAACUUGAUUUGAAUUUACUAAAAUACUGCAGUUUCUUGUGAUAAUUUAAAUUGUACCUAUAGUGCCACUCAAAAGCAAGUUACCAUAUUUAUUCGAUUGACCAUCCUGGGUGCUUAUUUAAUUUUUGGACCUUGAGAGUGGGCGCUUAUUCGAGGUGGGCGCUUAUUCAAGGCUGGGCGCUUAUUAAAUUUUCAUCAUUUUCAGCAAGUGAAGUAUGUUUAUUUUGCCACAAAACAAUAAAUGCUAAUAACAAAACGCGAAGAUGUAACAAAGCAAGGUUUCUGUAAAAUACUAUGUAGAAAACUCUGUGCUCGGGGACGAAGUCUCUUAUUAGAAUUUAUUCACCCAAGUAAGUGGGGUGGGGGUGAGCGCUUAUUUGAGUUUGAUUGGGAGGAGAAGGGGAAAGGCGCUUAUUCAAGGCUGGGCGCUUAUUAACUUUUUCUGCCUUUAAGAUGGGCGCUUAUUCGAGGUGGGCACUAAUUCGAGGUUGGGUGCUUAUUCGAAUAUAUACGGUAGCACCCUCUCGCAAGACAUGCGCUUCAUGAUAAUUUCCUGUAGUGCAGGAUGUCAUUCUUGUAUUGAGGGAUGGCCAAAAAACUGAAAGUAUCAUGGCCAAAGUUCUUGAGCAAUUUAACAAAUCAGUGGUAAAGCUUUGCUGUUACGAACACGCAAACAAAUUUUUACUUAUGCGACCUGUAGACUGUUGCAUAUUAUUCGCCUUAUGAAGGAUCGGUAUUUCCAUAUGUGUAAAACAUGCUUUUAAUAAAGUCGCUUUAUAACCACUGCACCACCUUGAAAACUACCUGUUUUAAAAGAAGUUUGAGAUGAUAGCUUUGAGAUGAUUUGGUUCUUCUCACUUUGGAAACUAGAAGCGGCUUUCACAUUUCGGCAAACAAUAAAUCAGUGUCAAGUGUCAAUUAUUAACAGAUUUGAAGACUAAACAGCAUGCUAAUGACAAGCUAAAAGAGGGGGACAUGGACAUAUUUGUGGUGUUGUGGUAUCGCUUAUUUUUUUGUGCGGUAUUGUGGUGAAUAACAUCCCAUCUUGCGGUCUUGCGGUGAUCUUAGACUGUAGGGUGUGCAGUAAUUAAUUCUGAUUUUAAACCUAUGGUAUUCGCUGAAAUGAAACAACUUUCAGACACUUUGCGGUGUUGUGGUUUAUCAUUUGGCCAUAGUUACUAAGACGAGGAACCAGGCAAAAUGAGCCAAAACUACAACCUACAUGUAAACCAUCCACAACGACCCAAAAUGAUCAAUAACGAUCAAAACUAAUUCGCAAAAGAUCCACAGCAACCCAAAACAAGCCAAAACAAGUUCAGCCCUUCUAGGAAAGUCGGGUAAAAUUAACUUUAAUAUCUCACCACUGUUUUUUACAGCAGGAGUGAAGGAUGAUCUGUAUGCUCUUUUUUUGCAAAAAAGACUUUGACAAAACAAUUGGAUAACAGGCAAAAUCUUUUUUUUUUUUCCACAACUGUUUGCUCACUCCCACAGGCGCUGCAUGCAUUUUUCUAUCUGCAAGAAUGAAAUAAUAGAGUUCGCAAAAAUAGAGUACAGGUAAGUGAAAAAUAGAGUCUUGAGGUCAGUCUCAAUCUCUACUAAUCACUACACCAGUUCCGAGAUCCUCCAUCCCCAGUUAUAUGGAGAUUUGGAUUAGAUUAAUCGUAGGACAAAAACUUAAAUUGUGAUGUUGGUGUUUCACCCCUUUUUUGCAGUGAUGCGGUGUUUUUUUCUGCGGUGUUGUGGUGUGGAGAGUCCCCCAAUAUCCCCCUCCUUAAAGAAAGCUCAAAAGAAACUUAACACAAAACCUAACACUGGUUUUCCUCAGUCUUUGAGGUAAUGCUAAGUGAAAUUUUUAGUUAGUUUCUCACCGGAUGUGUCAUCAAUAAAAUGUGGCAAAAAUUGUAGCUUCAAUGAUUCUUGUGCCAUGCAAUCCUUGUAGCUAGUGCACAACCAGAAUAAUAAAUAAAUAAUUGGUAUUAGUGUUAUCUGCUUGCAAUAAUUAUGGAAAGUUAGAUUACGAUGUUCGUUCUUCUUCUAAGUUAUGGGAAGCAAGAUUUGUAAGGAGGGAGGAAUGAUCAUCCCAAAGGGGAGGUAGGACUAUGACCAUUGUCAGAUCUGGAUGGUCAUUAUAUAUUCCACUUACACUUAUUUUGUUCCUAUGACAUGACUCCUGGGUUCAAAGCAUUCACUGUGAAAUAUCUUUUAUUUAUAAUUUCAGCCUUUGCCCUUUUCACAUUGAUUGUCUGCGCUGAUGGAGAAGCCAGUAAGUUGUAUUUAAUGUGGAUAUUAGGCUGUUCCUUUAUAAAGACCUGCCAGCAAAAAGUUUUUUCUGAUUUGUACCUAUAACAUUCCGCUGUCUUUAUGCGGACAGUUUUUCACCAUGACUUCUCUUAAUUUUCCUGUCUUCCUACCCGCUUGCUUAAGGUAUUAGAUCUGCUAUAAACCAUUACAUUUGAAAAAUGUAUCUCUAAAAUGAGUUUGAAAAUAUUCGAUUGAUAUGGCUUCAUAAACAAUGUUUUAACCUUAGCAACAUGCUAAUUUGCAUAAUAGGUCAUUUAACUGCGGCCUUAUCUGUCAUCGACCUUGCAAGGAAUUUAAUACAUUUAUUUUAUCAUUUAUUUUAUCAUUUUUCAUUUUAAUACAUUCAUUUAAUACAUCAUUAAUACUGUAUUGCGCUCCUAGGUACCAACUUUGGCCUUCGUUUCCCGGCCUCUAUUUAACGAAAAUGCUUCAUUUUUGGAAUUUGAGUUCAGGUUGAGAGUACAUUUCAAAUAAGCAAUUUUACAAGCAUGAUCAUUUUUUGACUUUAUAGCAGCUGUUCUAAUACCUUAAGAAUCAUGGUGCGUGAUAUUGCUGGAGGAAACCUCUCCUGGCAGUUGUGCCUCAUUUUUAAGCCUGCAUACCUUUUGGAAGGCUGACUGCCGUUGGUCAAAGGGCCGCUUUACUGUGUUGGCCCCCCUCUAAUUGGUCAAUUUUGAGAGGGUCAAAAGGGCCAGCUUCAAGAAGCAUCAUGUUUUUAAGUAGUGGUAGCUGGGUUGAAUUUUUAUCCUCUGGAAUAUUUGAAGGGGUAUUGGAAAACAUGUUGGAAGAAUAAUGAGCUUCUUCUCAGCAUGUAUCAGUGCAUUUCUUGGGGAUGGAAGUCAAAUUACCUUGUCAAGAGACUGUGGUUUAAAUGGGAUAUAUAUUGUGGUUAUAGAAGACUUCCCAUUCAACCUUUUUUUUGUAUUUGCAACUGGUGUUAAUUGUUCAUUCUAACUCUACAUAUGUGUAAUUGGACUUUAGUGGCCCAUUAAUUGCAUAAAUUUUAGAUACAAUACUUCAUUCUUUCCAUUCCAUUUGGGACAAACUCUGUCAUUGAUAUUUUCUGUUUAGUUUCAGAAUGUAAUGGUGAGAAAAUCAGAUUGAACAAGACAGUCUCUAUUUCAUCACCUGAUUAUCGAGGUGUCACAUCAUCUGGUCGAGAGUGCACUUGGAUGGUAGAAAGCACAAAGGGAAAAUAUCUCCUCAUAAAAAGCAUUAGUCUUAGUUUUGGAUCUGACAUUCAGGAUGAAUGUGAUAAAGGAAUGCUUGAAAUUUUUGAUGGAUGUGACAAAGAACGCUUUUUAGUGGAGAAGAUUUGUAAUCGUAGAGCAGAAUAUGAUCAGAAAGAAGACUUGUGGGUUUCAUCUGGAUCAUGCAUCACCAUCAAGUUUUCACCAGGAUCAGGAAACAAAUGUAACUUUCUACUGAGAGUUGUUGAAACAGAGGGUAAGAUAAAAUACAAAACAUUGUACACUUGACUGAGAUUUACCUGUAUUUUGGAACAGAGAUUUACUACUAGUUGGUGGGGUGCAUAUAAAUUAAGAAAAAAGCCUCUUAUUGACUUAAUGUAUGUAUUGGCCGUGCCUGGAUGCAUGCUCAAGAGAACUUGAGAAACUUGAGCUGUAGUUGCCCUCAGCUACCUUCUUGUUACUUUUACAUGCCUAGCUAGUUUCAAAGUUUGCUUCUGACAUGCAUCCACCACUCAAUAUUACGUGCUGCAGCAUUUAUCAUUGGUACAAAAUGUAAAUUUGUUAAUUCCAUAGCUUUUGUAGUAUAUGACAGUGAUCCCAUUGCAGAGUCAUAGACAACCGCACAUGUAGAGUCUCCUUCAGGAAAAAAGCUUGGUGCAAAAAAUAUGGUACAUGUGGAAGCAGAAGCAUGGAGAGAAAAAGGACUACAUUGUAAACUAAUAAACCUCAAGCUUUCCCUUCUUUUUUUUUCUUUAUUAGUUUCUCCAAACUGUACAUUACAUUCUUCAGGGAUUUUACCUGUGACCCUCUCUUGCUUUUUCUUUCAGCACGUUGUGGAGAUAUUUUACCCCACACAAACAAGAAUCAAACUUUUGUAGGAUCUCUAAUGUCUACUCCCAGAGGUCCAAACAAGUGUGUUUGGAUUAUCUCAGUUCCCAGAGGAAAAAUUGAGCUUGUGUUUAAAGACAAAUUUCUGGUGACAAGCCAUGGGAAAGACUGCAAGGAUGAUUUUGUACAAGUUCAAGAUGGGAAAUUUAGGUAAGCUGACGAGAAUAACAUUAAAGUGUGAAAAACCAAAGAUAAAUGUAUAGUACAUUGAGAAGAACUGGAUGAGGCUCCCUUCUGAGCCCAGUUCUUAUGUAGGUGACUUGAGUAUCAAAUUUUAAUGUGGAACAGAUUUUGUGUAAACAGAAAAUAUCAGGCAAUCAGCCAAUAUGAAUAUAAAUGCAGAAUAAAUUACGACUGGGAAAAAUAGAAACUAAAAUGUGACUGCACCCGAAGGAGGAGGUUGCCAAGAAUAAGGCUCUGUUUCUAACUCUUGAUCUUAUUUUAAAUUCCCUCCUUAUUUUACAAGAAAUACGUGGCAAUUUGAAAAGAGAAUCUAUUAGAGUAUGACCAUUCUGCUCUGAAUCUACUGGUUCUAUUUAUUGAACGUGUAAGUUAUACUUCAUUUUUUUAAUUGAAUAUGACUACCGUUUUGCCACCUCUAUAACCUUAUAUUACUAUGAAACAUUUCCGGCAUGUUUAGUUGUCCACUGUAAGUUUUUGUUACAUUGUUGGCUUAAUGACCAGCAAUUACCAGCAUACAGAAUUCGUCCAUUAGCUUGGCAUCCAAGGAAACAGAUGUCUUCUCUCACCUGCAACAUUAAGCCACUUUUUGGACAUCUGAAAACACUAAGUCUUGUUAUUCUUUAGAGCAAACUUCCUUUCUUGACUUUUAUUACCAGUAUCUCACCUUCGCUUGGGACGUUUUGUGGAACUGCAAGGCCAUAUCCAGUGUAUUCAACAGGCCAAUAUCUGCGAGUCACAUUACAAGGAAGUAGUAGUGGCAUGAACUUAAAGCAUUCUUUUACAGCACAAUUUAAUGUAAUAGACAGUAAACCAACACCACAGACAGGUAAGCCAGCAUCCUUUGGACUCCAGUUUUGAGUGAAAAUUACCUUUAAUUUGGCUUUUGUUCACGCAUAAGAUAAUUCCACUCUCUCAGUGACCUGAAUUCACCUUCCUUCCCCUUCCCCUCACCAGUCUAGAAAUGGACAUGCUGCCAGAUGCCUGGUGAAGUAAGGCAGAAAUGUAUUUCCAUGCUUUAGUUGAAAAACAAUUCCAUCAAUAUGAUUAAUUAUCAAAUGUAAAAUCAUUGAUCAACUAAUAAUAUUCCACUAAAUGCAUGGCCACAAGAUCAUGGAAACAUGAGGUAGUAAGCACACCCUCUCUCCAUAUUCAUUUGUAUAGAAAUAUAAAAGUUUCAACCUAAAAAAAAGUUACGGCCCUCUUUCCCACGAACCUCCCCUCAACUCCCCCUUUCCUAACUUUACCUGUUAAAUCCGCCCAUUCGAAAAUAAACUUCUUUAUUGGUCCGUAACCAUGUUUGUUUUCUUAAUUUUAGAAGCUUUUUGUAGCGCUGAUGGCAUUGCAUUGAAUCCAAAAGGUGGAUCAUUUCGUACACCCCGCUAUCUGGAUCAAUAUCCUGCCAGUUUACAUUGUACUUGGAUGAUAAAUGCAGACAAAAAUCAUCAGAUUGUUCUUAAAUUUCGGUAAGAGUCGUGUACAGUAUAAUACACAGCGCAUCUUCUGUGUUUGAAAUUGUCCUUCAUGUGUGAAGCAAUUUACUGAUAUGUUCUCAAGGGUUUUCAUCCAAGCGAGAAAGCAUUAUGCAUUCACUCCCUGUGCACUGGCUACCACGCGUUUUCGUUCGUGUUUUGACAAAAAACCUAGUGACUUCUGUGGCAACUAGUUGAUCUGAGUCCUUUUAUUUCCUUUCCGUUUUUUACAGGGACUUUGACGUUGAAGGCGAUUCCCAGGACUGCCCUGAUGAUUCGGAUUUUACUGAAGUGUAUAACGGUAUCGCUAGCUGGUCCAAAAUUAUUGGCCGGUAUUGUGGCAGUGUUAUUCCGCCAGCCAUCACUUCCGACAGCAACAAGCUGCGAAUAGAGUUCCAUUCCAACACUCAGUAUGCUGGGAGAGGCUUUGAUGCAAUGUAUUCACUGAAAGCAAUCGGCGAACAAGGUAUUUAUGUGUGCUAUUAUUAUUAUUAAUUUUUUAUUUUUUUGCACUUUCACUCGGUAGAUUUCGAAAUUUUAGUUUUUCUUUGUUGUUUUAUCGUUUUUGUUUUUGACGGGUAGACUGAUGAUCAACCCUCAACCGAGUUAUGAGCGAGGAAGAAAAAGUUUAGUACUCUACAAACUGUUUCACGAGGAUUUUACGUUUUUUCAAAACAGGUGUCAAACCCCUUAAUUAAAAGGCCACCUAGAAGCUUUUUGGAUUUCCUAGCAAUCAAAGAUGAAAUAAUGUAAUGUUACUCAAGGCUUUUAUCGGUCGGCGUCCAAGUUUGAGUGACGUUUUGUAUAAGUGUCAUUAUCUGGCAUGUAACUAGCUACAUGUGUAGUUGCUGAUAAACAUUUUUUCUUUUCUUUUCACGUUUGGAAUGACAGUAGAUUACCUAGGCCUUUCUUACGAUGACAGCCUGUCAAUGUUUGUCAGUGUUCAACAUGGCAUCGUUAGAGGACAGACGCAUAGAUCAAUGUGAAAAACUGUUUGAUUCUAUUGUACCUAAUCCAGAUCAUAAGUUGCAUCAUUUCCUCCCUCCCAAGAACUAUUGUCAUUAUAACCUCAGAAGACAACGCCACUUUGCAAAUCCAGUCAUGCGUACCAAGCGUUUUUCUAGCACAUUUCUGCCAUCUAUGUGCAGGCGUUAGCAGUUUUUGUGUAAAGUUUAAUUCAUCUAAAGUAUAAUUGUUAUAAAUUAGAAUUCUGAAGUAUAAUUUUGUAGAUUUUUUUUUUUAAUUAGUACAUUUUCAUAUUUUAAGUUUUGUAUCAACUGUAUUUGUAAAUUCAUACAAUUCAGCCUUGGAGGACUGCCAUAUGAUUUGAAUUAAAGCUAUCUAUCUAUCUAUAACGUUCUUCGUCCGAGUCUAUAAAUUACUGUCAUGGUGCUGUUCUUUCCAAUUUCCGGCCAAGACGAAGGAAAAAAAUCUAUCUGUUUCAAGCUAAAUCUUUUUUUUAGAGAGUUCACCAAAAAGAUGACGAAUUAGAAAAGAAGGGGGCACCCGGAUUUGAACCAGGGACCUCUCGAUCUGCAGUCGAAUGCUCUACCACUGAGCUAUACCCCCCUUGGCUAUAUAUGAUGUCAAAUUUUAGAAUAAAGUGGAAGAGAAUGACGUUACCUUUUCUGGGGUGGAGAGGAGGUUCUUGGUUUUUGCAGUUUAUUUAUGCACGGGUCAAUAAAUUCUCCAUUUGCGGAUUUGGUUUGUACCUUAAUUUUGAACAUAAUUAUAAAAAUUAUAAUUGUCAUAAUUAUAAAAGUUUUACUAUAGUAUUAUUACCUUUUCAUUUGCGUUUGAUGGAAUUUUAUUUAUUUUCCUGUUUUUGUCAGCAAGUUUUAUUUGCUUGAUUUUGUAUUUUCACUGAAACGGGGUAAUAAAAAAGAACAGCAAAUAAAAUUAAAGACAAGAAAAGGAGAAGAUGAAAGGAAAAAAAGAGAUAUUCACAAGGGGGCACCCGGAGUUGAACCAGGGACCUCUCGAUCUGCAGUCGAAUGCUCUACCACUGAGCUAUACCCCCCUUGCGCUCAUUGAGAGGUGAAUUAAUAUUAUAUGUACGUCGCCCGGAUACCCUUUGAUUUGUUCUUUCACCAUAGAUACGAUAUUCAUUUGAAAAUAUGUUUUUCUUUUUCAGUGUUCUUAGUCAGUGUUUUUUAUUGUUUAUUAUUUGAAAAAUCGAACAGUUUUUGGGGGUCCAUAACAAUAAACGUUUGUUGAUUUGAUCGUUUCCAUUAGAGUUUUCCGAUUAAAAGGAAUAUGUGGAACUGAAAGCGAAUUUUUGUUGUUUUUUCGUUAACCUUUGGCCUUGGCUAGGCCCUGUUAAAACUUCGAAUUUUUCCUCCAUGGGACUGUGGAGCGACUUCGUUUCAAGCGUCGAACCGAAUGGAUAAAUUACUAUACUUUAUUUUGACUGGUAAGCAUUGUAGAUCACUGCACAUCGUAAAAAUGAAUUGAGUGCGGCGUCUGAAUCAUCCGUCGAACUUAUAUCAUUUGGGUCAACCCAAAUACUCGGUACAUCUGGGCCUUUUUGUGUUAUUUAUUACCAACUCAUGGAGAGCGAGACCAUAUACUAGGUUCAUAUUUGUCGCUCGUCCUGCAUACUUCUAGGAUCAGCAAUGUCGAUGUCGCACUGUGUGAUGAAAGAAAUGAAAGAUGGUAAAUGUUAAGCUCGGUGAAACAAAUGUGAAAAUGAUCCUAGUAGUAUGCAGGACGCGUUUGAAAUAUGAACCUAGUAUAUGGCCUCUCUCUCCAUUAAUUCUCCGUAGCUCAAGUGGAUAGAGCACAAGACGUCACAUUAAAAUACUCUACAUGGAAACUACAAGACUCCUUGUAGGCGCAUUUUUAAAGACUAUUACAUCCGUUCUUUGGAAACGUUUUUGUCGUACUAACUAUUUUGGCCUCUUAUAUGGGACAUUCUAAGUUGACAGCAUAAGGGAUUAGAGACCAGGUAGCACAGGCCACCCCACCAGGUUCCUAAUCUCAAUUGUUGCAAAUGCGAUUUCACUCUUCAAGCAACAAAUUUGAAAAACAGGAAUCAAAUUUUGCUCUAAAAAUUAUGCUUUGCCAAGCCCGGGAAAUGAAUUCACAUGUGCAACAAUUACAAUAAGCGACCUGUCAGGUUGGGGCAAAAGGGUUGGUAGGUCACCUCUCUAAUCCUUUAUACUGUACGUGAAUGUUAGAAUUGUACCAUAUAAGAGGCCAAAAUAGUCAUUACAAGAAACUGGUUUGAAAUGAACGGAUAAAAGAGGGUUCAAAAAAUGCACCUAAAGCCAACCUUACACCUCGUUGGCAUACUAACGUGAUUCUUGAAAACGUUUUAAAGGAAGGGAUUAAUAAAGCCUGCAAGGCGUAUUUUGCUGUGUGAUCGAUUUAAACUUUCGAUUGACCGGGAGUUGAGGGAGUCAAAAAAGUGAUUCCAAGGGAGAGGUUGCCCGCCAUCCUCAUCGGGUCGCGCGAUAAAAAAAAACGCAUGGGUGAGGAUUAAUAAGGCCAGUGGUACCAUACCGUAGAAAAUGGCCGUUUUUUGCUAGAGACGUUAAAGUCGUCUUAAGACGACUUUAACGUCUAGUAUAAAACGGUAAAUAAGGCAGACGACUUUAACGUCUGACGACUUUAACGUCUUUCGUUAGUGCGUCCGAACGACGCACUUAACAGGCGACUUUAACGUCUCAGACGUUAAAGUCAUCUGGUAUAAAGAUGGGACGUCGUAAACUAGGACGCAUUUAUGCUCGACUCGUCCAGAGACGACUGGGACGAGUGCAAAACAACAUGGCGGCCAAGAUGGACUCAAUUCGUUUUUGGCGCCCAGUGUUUGGGAGGUCAUAGGUUCCAAUCCUGUCGGGGACAUCUUUUUCACCGAGCUUAAAAUUUACCAUCUUUCAUUUUUCAUUAGGUAAAAUAUAAUUAUGCCACCAAGUUCUCAUCUGCCGUGUUCUCUGGGGACAUAAAAGGUCGUUCAAGGCAGUAAUGGUGGAAGUGAUCCUUUCCACUUUAGUGCAUUACCACCAAGCAUCCAAGAGGGGAUUUGGUUGCUAGACCUGUAUUAUUCCAGGUGGCUUAUAUGGUCACCAUUGUUCUCAUUACCUUAAACUUUAUAGCCACUGAGUUAAAGAAUAAUCAAGUCUACAAGUUUAUGUGCUUUGACUAACCGGUGAAAAUCCGCUUUUGUUUAUGUUAGCUGCAGAAAGAAGAAACCAUUUUACUGGAAUAAUGAUUGGUACAACUUGCGGUGUAAUAUUCAUAGUGCUGAGUGUUCUGGCCGUGUUUCACACGAGAAAGCUUCGAAUUCAGCGUGCGCAGAGCAGACGAUCAGAAGUGGCCAGCACCGCUUCCUUUGAUGUUCACCAAGCCAAUGCUCCCCCUUCUUAUGAUACAGGUAUAGCCGUUUGUAUAUAGUACAGGUAUAGCCGUUUGUAUAUACUAUAGGUAUAGCCGUUUGUAUAUAGUACAGGUAUAGCCGUUUGUAUAUAGUACAGGUAUAGCCGUUUGUAUAUAGUACAGGUAUAGCCAUUUGUAUAUAGUUCAGGUAUAGCCGUUUGUAUAUAGUUCAGGUAUAGUAGCUUGUAUAUACUUCAGGUAUAGCCAUUUGUAUAUAGUGCAGGUAUAACCGUUUGUUUAUAGUUCAGGUAUAGCCAUUUGUAUAAAUAGUUCACAAUUAUUCCUUGAGCCCGAAUGGGCUCUGAGUCAAUAGCCCAUGAGACCGAAGGCCAAAUGGGCUACUGACUCAGAGCCCAUAAGCCCAUAAGGGCGAGAGAAAUAAUUGUUUUAGUAAAAUCCAACUAGUUGGUCAAAAAUAUCGAGAAUAAAAAAAAAUUAGCUAGUUAAAGCUAGACUUAAAUCCUUUUUUGCCGCCAAAAAGCGGGCGCUUUUCGCUACUAGGGGGUAUAACAUAUAGCCUGGUAGUAGCUCAACCAAUCAGAAUGCAGCAUUGAUAAUAGACCACUAGUUGGAUUUUACUAAUACAGGUAUAGCCGUUUGUAUAUAGUUCAGGUAUAGCCAUUUGUAUAUAACUCGAGCUCCCGCCCUCCCCCACGAGUUAACCGUGUUGAUAAAAAAACGGAACAGAUCAACGAUAUAAAUACUGCCCGCUAUGACUAUUUCAGGUGAAAGGGGAAUGCGGCCUAUUUCUACCUGACCCAUUUUUUCUUACCUUUCUUAGUCAUGGCCUCUCCGGACCUUUUCCCUUCAAAUGCACGCCAGCAGUCACGUGUUUACGCUGGAGUGCCGCAUCUACAUCGUGAAAUAAGCCACUUACUAGGGGACCAUGAGUCGGACGACGAAGACCUUCCACCUUACCCUGGACUUCCUAAUAGAGAUGGGGUUGUUGAAUUUUGCUUUGGUGAACCGUCAAGGAGGAACUCUAAGGAACGUCACGUGUCAGAAUCGGAGCAACCCACGUGCCAGGUCUCCGCUGUCUGGUAUCGUCGCGGGCCGACAAAUGCCUUGUCGUCGCCAAAUGUUCGGGAACUGGAGGCAGCUUCGGAAAAUCAAGCAACGACUUUCACUCUGGAGCGACAAACCCUGAAAGAAUCUUCAAGGCCUAAUGUGCAGAGACAGGACACCACCAGUAGUUUUGUGACAGACGUGUAAAAAUUCAGUUAAUGCAAUAUGCAUUAUGUGCAUAAAUACUGAAGCUCUACAUCUUGCCCUCUUCAACCAGUCAAGAAACGUAAAGACCAACAAUUUAUUUGACCGCUACUUAACUUGGUUGUUUAGGAAACGCGAAGUUCUGGGGACGAUAUAUUUUAGACGUGGAGUUUGAAUAUCGCUUAAUUCCAAUAUUUCAGUGGAAGGAAAAAACUAGAACAAGAAAGGAAUAUCUUUAAUAAAUAUAACUUAAAGCAAACACCUCAAUCAAGAAUUCAAACUAAAUUCGCCGUUAUCGGAAAUUUUUCUAAAGAAUUUGAGUACAGAUUAAAAUAUGCAAAGGUGCAAUUACCAUUUACACAAACCACCCGGGU